ACUACACUACGUGUAGUGCAAAGUUUAUAGUACGUCACACGAAUGUGAAUAAGAUGGCUUUUUUCAAACGAAAGCUUUUUAAAAAAGUUCCAAAACAUGAAGUGCUACAGGAUCUGCCCGCAUCUGCUGAACCAUGGAGAAGUUAUAAUGACUUAAACGAUGGAUGGAAAGAAAAUUAUUAUCUGACACUGCUUUCAAAGAUUGGGGAAAAAACGACCAAAGUAUUGAAUAAACCUGACGUCUCUUCUGAUACAGUAAAUAUCAUGUUGCUUGGCUAUGUUCAAAGCGGAAAGUCAUCAACCAUCAACUCAUUUUAUAGCAUACUUGACAAGGAAAUUUGUAAACGGGCAAAAUCAGGGGAGAGCACUACAUCGUUUACACAGAAGUAUACGUCAUACAAGUUGGAGGAUAAACUAGACAAAAUCGUUCUGUACGAUAUUAUGGGAAUUGAACUCGGUCCUAAUCAAGGUGUUCUCGUUAAAGACAUCCAGGGUUGCAUUGUUGGAGAUAUUAAACACGAUUAUAAAUUCAACCCAUGUGCUGAGCAUAAAAGUACCUCGGACAAAGAUCUUGAAAGAAAAGAAAUACACUGUGUUAUGUAUUGUGUUGAUGCAGAAUCAGUAGAUGAAGAUGUAAUACCUGGAUUUGAGACAAAAAUGCAAGAUAUAGAGUCCGAGUUGAGAGUAGCUUCACAGGACAGGAUAGUGCUUGUUACUAAAAUAGAUGCAGUUUGUCCUGAGACAAAAGCAGACAUCACUCAAAUAUUCCAAAGCACCAAAGUAAAAACGGUAGUCGAGAAAGCGGCGAGUGUUUUUCGAGUUCCUGUUAACCAAGUUUUUCCAAUCAAGAAUUACACAAACGAAAUGGAAACCGAUGGCAACAAAAAUAUACCAUUGCUACUAGCGCUUAAAAAGGCAGUUGACUUCGGCACUGAUUACCUCCGACAGAGGCUAGACGAAAAACAUCGGGUCUACAAGGGUGAUAAACAGGAGUCAACAUCAUAGAUCUUCCUCGAAUAGUGUUUAUUCGUUAUAGUGUGUAUUCAUGCUUUAAAAGACGAAAAACACAUUUUAUGUAAGCAAGAUUCAUCGUUUGAGAUAUUUAAAGUUCAUAUACUUUGCGACAUAUAUUCAUGUAAUCUUUUAUAUUUGCAUUAUAAUAUACAGUGUAAAUGUAUUGAUUUAUAAUUACUUAUAGAAUAAAAAUUGAAAAUUAAUAACGAUAAAUCAAUUAAAGCAUUACAAGCCGAACACACAUCAUGUAUUUAUGCAUUUUGCUGGUGCCAUGUGAGGAAACAUUGAGGCACAAUAGACACUAAAAGGCACAAACUUGCGAUAUUCGGAUUAAUAAACAGUCAAUAAUGAGGCUAACGCUCACUUUUCAAUUAUGUCAUUGUUACUGAUAUGUUAACACUCACGGAAACCAAUUCACAGUAAAAAUGUAUGAGGAAAAGAGUUUCACAUUAUAAAAUACUGUUAUCUGUCGAAUAAAUUACACUUGAUUUGAAUGCUACAGAUUAUUCUUAUUAUUAUGCCUGUAUUACAAUAUUUAUUGUAGAUAAAGUUAUUAUGCUUUUUAAUACA